UCAUUUCUCCCGUCGUCUAUUGGCCAGAGAAGGCGUUCAGCGUAGUGGCUAAUAUCGAUUACAUUCUGUUGAAUUUAGACUAAGUUACAAGAGUCCUAGGGACCAUGUCAGCAAGAGGCAUAGCCAAGAAGAGACAGAAGAAUAUUAGCAAGAGUCAAAGAGCCAAUGUCUUGUUUCCCGUAGGGCGUCUCCACCGUUACCUGAAGGCAGGACCAGGAACUCGCAAACUGAGGAUAGGAGUUGGGGCGCCUGUCUAUGCCGCCGCUGUCAUCGAAUACCUUACAGCUGAAGUUCUUGAACUGGCAGGAAAUGCUGCACGUGAUAACAGGAAAACCCGCAUAACACCUAGACACAUCCUUCUUGCUAUAGCAAACGAUGAGGAACUUCAUCAGCUCUUACGUAAUGUCACCAUUGCAUCAGGAGGCGUUUUACCAAAGAUACAUCCAGAAUUAUUGGCCAAAAAGAAAGGUGGCAAAUUUGUUACCGGAGGCAACACUCCUGUUGCUGUACCUUAUAAAAAACCUAUUGCAACCAAACCACCAGCCCAUAAAAAGCUUCCAGCUACAAAAAUAAGUGAUAGCACUGGAGACACAGCAGCACCAGAUGCCACCGACACAUCCAUACCAAAUUCAGCCAAUACACCAAAUAAGACGCCAAAUGCAGCUGCUAAUGUACCCGCAGGAUCAGCAUCUCCACUGAAAUUAAGAGCAAAAGGAAAGGACAUGGGCACUAUACUACCGCCACCAGGAUCCUUCACUGUUCUCUCAGAAAAGAAGCUUUUUCUUGGCCAAAAGCUGACCGUGAUUCAAUCUGAUAUAUCAACUGUUACAGCUGAUGCAGUUGUUCAUCCGACCAAUUCUAAUCUGGACUUCCUUGGUGAAGUAGGUCAGGCUUUAAGUAAAGCAGGAGGAAAGGAGUUUGUACAGGAAGUGCGAGACUUGGCCAAUGGUAGUGGAGCUUUACAGUCUUGUGAUGUUGCUGUUUGCAAUGGGUUCAAGCUUCCAGCCCGAUGGGUUAUUCAUGUCAAUGGGCCAACUACUGGUGAUACUGAUGCUUUUGAAAAAUUAGAACGUUGUGUCAAGAACUGUCUUGUACUUGCUGAUACAAGGAACUUGAAGUCAUUGGCAUUGCCUUCCAUUGGUAGUGGCAAGGCUGGUUUUCCAAAACAGCAAGCAGCACAAACCAUAAUUAAAUCCAUCUGCAGUUAUUUUGUCAACGUCAUGUCAUCAUCACUGAAGCAGAUCUAUUUCGUCCUUUAUGAUAUGGAAAGUAUUGGCGCAUAUACAGCAGAGCUUGCAAAGCUGGAUUCUUAAAGAUGCCACUGCCUAUGGUAAUUGGAUAAAAGCCUCAAAAUAGUACAAGAUAACUCUCCCGAUUAAAGAGGCUGUAUGACUUGGAUCGCUCAACUCGGUAGAUGGUAAAAAACAUACUAAAAUCCCUAAAAGGAAAGUUUUUUUUCUUAUGGUUUUGAUGCCCGUUAAUAUGAUAGUCAGUCUGUUUGGGAGAUAAAGUAAAUUUUUUAUUAGUAUUUAGAUAAGUAUGUCUUGAAUCUAGCCUGAGGAUCGUGUUUUUUCGGGAGAACCACAAGAAAUAUGACUUUCAUGCAUAUCCUUUAAUAGGAGGGGAUGUUUCUCUGAUUUUUAGCAUCUCUGUGUAACACAGCCUCAAUGUAAUAAUCAUACAAUUAUGUGCAGGAAAGGUUAAAUUUCAUUUUGCUUUGUAACUCAAUUGUUUGUGGUGGUGUAGAGCAAACAAUUGCUUUUGAACAACUUAUUUUUCUUUUCAGCUUAGUUGUGAUUUGAGGAUUUUUUGCAUGUGAGGGUUUGUUUUAUCCAUGUGAUAUAUGCCAUCGUUAGGUAAGAGAUGUACGCUUAUGCCUCGAUUGUUCAGGAUACUAUCAUAGGUAAGGUUUAGGUAAGGCUUGUUGGGAUCUUGUUUGACUGGGAAUGCAUUUUAACGAAAGUUGACAGUUGUUUAGAAGAGGUGCAAGGUUAACAUGCUAGUUUUUUCCGUAACUGAUCCUAUUAAUUUUCAGAAUCAGUGAAUACUUGAAGGUUAAUAUUGGAGACACAUUUUGUACUGGUGUAGCUUCUAUAUAAGUACUGUACAGUUAAAAGAAUUUACUGAAUGAAUCAGUACUCAAAGAAUUCAUGAUACAUUUCAAUUAUUUUUCAUAAAAACACAUGUUGUUAUAACUUAAUGCAGUAUUUUUCACCAUAGAUGAUAUAACAUUGUUUGAAAGUAAUCAGAGUGGAAUUAUAUACACUGGUUGAAAAGUUUUUAAUGGUGUGAUGUUGCACAGUGUGUGAAAUUGAUGAAUAUGGAAUAGCUUAGUAUUAUAUAACCUUACCUAAUUAUGUACUUACAGUAAUUUUGGUUAUGUUUGCCUUAUUGUUUGAAAGUUUAUAUAAAAUUUUGGAUAAUUUAAUUUGUAUUGUGAUUGGUUUUCUGUGGUGCUUUACUGACAAGUGAUAUAGUUUACUGUGUUAUUAUUUUUUCUGUAGUCUGUUGAUACCAUGAUAGUUAUUAAGCAAUCUUCUUUCACAAGUUGUUUGAAGAGAUGAAGAUGGUGUGUAUAGUGUUAGAGAUUAUUACACUGUCAUGUAAUGUGUGGAACCAAAUGAAAUAAUUAGGGCAUUGAAGAAGCUGCAGCAGUUUAUUAAAACUAGACCAAGAAUAUUAUACAUAAUGUAUACUUACUGUAAUGCCAAAAUCUGCAAUGCUGUUGAAAAAUUAAAUGCUCUUUUUAGCAGCAUGUCAAUAUAAUUUUCUGCCAAUACUGUUGAUAAGAAGCCUCGUUUCCAUAGACGUAACAAGUAAACUUUUAGUUUGAAAGUAAAAUGAGAAUUAUGAUAAUAGCAAUGGAGUAACAGUACCUUCCUUAGGAUAAUAUCUUACCAUCAUUGAAAGCAGUUGUUGUUUUAAUGGUCAUAUUCAAUCCAGAACAAAAUUUGGCACAGGGAUGAAGUCAUUAUGAGAGUAUUUAUUGUAACAGAAUGUAACUGUUUUCAAGUCCAUUAUAUGAUAACUAUUCUUAUUGGGAAGAGUUCUCCACAAUCAUAUAAUUACAUAAAGUCACAAAAGUAUACAUAAUGGUUUUGAGUCACAAAGUAUACUUUCUGAUCUGUUAACUUAUAUUAUUUAAGAAGGAUUGACAUUGCAUGUAUGCUAUAACUGCAAACAAUAGUAAGGUAGUUUUAUUUCUUUUAGCACCAAAGAUCUCUCUAACUAGACCAGAGAUGUCAGACUUGCAUAUUACAAUAGCAAGUAACAUUUGGAAACCACUGCAGUGUUAGAUGAAGGCCAUUGUGUGUUGUGAUCAUUUAGUGUGUGUCUUGCUAGAGAAUAUGAAGGAGCCAGAUCAAGGUCGUGCAGGCAAUGUUUUAAUUAUUAGUUGAACUUUGAUAUGAUGUUGAGAUUCUGCUUUAGGGGAUGCACUUACUUUGUGAUUAUAGUCAUUACAUUUUUCAUUUGUUAGGUUUUAUGUGGAUGUAUUUAUUGAGGUUGACCUAUGAUGAUGGUAUAUCUAUAUCCAGUGACUACUCAAGGGAAUAUGCUUUUUGUUGUCCUCCAUUUUUUGAAAUACAUGGGUCUUUCCACUCCAUACAUUAUUAUUGGUUUUUUGUUUUGAUUGAUUGGAGUAGCUCUGAAAUUUCAAGUACAUUUCGGCAACCUUCAGAAUAUGGAUACCAGGUAUUUAGUCCCUUUACCAUAAUAUUGUCAGGUGGUGUUUUGUAUAUUUCAGUAUCCUAAAAUGAUCUCGAUUUAGGUAGAAUAGGAUGAGCACAGGAAUGGGUCAAAGUAAUUCCAGACAUUUUGUAGAGAUAAUCAUUAUAUUGCCUAAAGGGUAGGGCAUCUGAGACACUUUGUAAGGUUUAGUAGCUUAAGUAAUUAAUAUUUUCUUAAGGAACAUACAUAAAACCUCCAUAUAUCAACAUAUAUAGCUUUAUAUGAAAGUUAUUACUGAUAAAGUGAGUUUUUCACUUUUGCUUAUCUCUUACUUUUAGAAUUCAAGAGUUUUUUCUCAUGAUGAAACUAAUUUAUGGUCUUCACAACUGUACUGUCUUCCCUUUGUGAUAUGAUUUACCUUGCAGUUUAAAUCUUAUUUAUUAUACAUAUAUAUUCAACAAUCUGUAAAUAAUUUUUCUCAUAUCCUCAAGUGAUACCAUAUUUUCACUUUUCAGCUUAUUACAUCCAUCCAGCUUAUCUGUCUCCGAGUAAAGUGAGGUACUGUAAUGGUAAAUCACAAACUGGGAUAAAGCUGAAUGACUUUGAAGUAAACUUAUUUUUCCUAUUCACACUUGGUCAUUUUAAAGUGCACUUGAGCAUGGUAUCUCGUAUCCUCUUCCCAUUUCAUGUACAUAAUAAACUGUAGGUGACAUCUAAUCCUUUAAAGGUUGCUGUGCAUGUUUAGAAGACUGUAAAUUACAGUAUUUUUCAUAUUUUUGUCUCUAAAUGCUUGAAAAAAAUUGCACUGAUGAGGUUAAGGCCUCAUAGAAAAUUGUAAGUCUCU